UCUGUCAUUCCCAUAAUUUUAAUUUUGGUAUCAAUUUUGAAAUCUUAAAAGAACUAUUUUAAUUUAUAAUAAUUAUUUACAAAGUAAUACUAGUUAGUAUUAAUUAGUGCCUAGUUAAACGGUAUUUUAUUUUAAAUAACCUUUGUCUAUAAACGUUUGUUUUUAAUUAUAAAUCCGCGUCAAUCCGGAAGUUCGAAAAAAAUCUGAUGGCCAGAAACUGCACAAAAGGAACGAAAUACUCUAUUCAAUGGGAGACUCACCCAAGGAACCUAAUCAAAAGUUUCUGUUCACUAAUGGAGCAUCAAAGUUUAGUUGACGUAGCCAUUUGUUGCGGUAACAACACCAUUCAGGCCCAUAAGUUUGUUUUGGCCGCUAAUAGCCCAUAUUUUAGAGAAGAAUUUGAAAAAAAUCCCCAGGUCGAGCAAGUGAUUAUAAGCGGUUGUGAGUUCGUCGUCCUCAAGAGCAUAAUCGAAAUAAUGUACUACGGCCAAACAAUCGUCAGCGAAGACAACGUAAAAUUCUUGGUGGCAGUCAUUAAACAGUUCCAGCUUAAAACACUGGAACACCUUUUCGCCGAGCACGGUUCCAUUUCCGACGAUAUUUACCUACCUAAACCACAGUUCCUUACGAAAAAGCCAAAAUAUCCAGCUUUUACUUAUCAGUUGGCGCACACUCAAAAUGCUUGUCUCAUAACAGUGCCUCCGACAACUACUGCACAGCAGCAGCAGCAGCCAACGAAUAAUCCGGUACAGUUUAAUGUUUCUAUGCCUGUACCGCCCAAGAUUGCCAAUAAUGUUUUGAAACCUUUGGAUUUUAAUAUUCCGGUGAAAGUGGAACCGGCUCCGAAGAAUUUUAUUAAGCCUUUCGUUAGGGGCAAAAGGUCCUUGAAGUUACAGGCAGAGCAAGCAUGUGUUAAGGAAGCCCAUGCAUCUAGAAUGGCUUUAGCCAGCCUCCAAAAAGAAAUUGCAGUAGCACCACAGGUUAGCAGUUUUGUAAUUGAAGAUGCCCCUACAGAGACGACUGUAGAAAACUUUAUUCCGCACGGCAACACUUUUGGACAAAUUUUAAAUUAUGGUGGCGUCUUGAAUUUGCAUGAUAAUAUGGAGAAUGCCAUGUUUCUACCGAUGCCACCGUGUCAAACCCCUAAUAACCCAGGAUCCUACCCUCUUCCCGCUUUACUACAAAAUGGACAGGAUAAGCGGGCGUUAAGCUCUGAAAAAUUAAAACACAUUUUAGACGUAAAUAUGCCCAGUAACGUGGAAAUUAUGUACAAAGACGCCCAAGGGAACUACAUGCCUGUCAAUGAAGAAGUUUUAAAAUCGUUCUCGACCAAAGACGGGCUACAGUAUCAAGUGUUGCAUGAAGACGGACGUUUAACUGACAUGCAAGAGUUACAAGUGAUCGAUAAAAUAGAGAAGAUUAUAGAUAAUGCUGUGAGUAAGAAUGUUGAUAUAAUUCAUAGUGGAGCAGGUAAGCCGGUGCUCGAAGUGGCAGAUUUUUUAAAAAAUAGUGAAGGCAGUUUGGCUAUAAAGGAUGGUACAUGUUCGAUAAUAACAAAAUCUGGCAAAGAAACGAACUUUAUACCAAUGGAUCUCGGCCCCACUAUGGAUCUUUCCAGUUUAGUUUGCGACAAAACAAACUCGGAAAUACUGAAAUUUUCCCCGGAUAUGUUCUUUUCGGACAUAGUUCCCGUUCCAAAGGACGUGGAUGACGAUAGAGAACUGUUUAGUGAAUCGCCUCAAGACAAUUUUUAAUUUUUCUAAUCUUAGGAUGUCACAACGUAAAGUUUACUUAGUUCGCGUUGCACCACCUUACUUUCCUCGAUAUAGUUUUAUUAUAUUGAAAAUUUUUUAGAACCAUUUGACUUAGUUUUAAUUUCAAUUUCAUAAAAACCAUUGUAAAUACUAUUUAUUGUUGCUAUUUUAAUAGAUAAUACACUGAUUGUUACUUAUAAAAUAAAAAGCCAUAUAGUUUUU